AUGCGCGUCGCAAUAGCAGGUACCUCUGGCCUAGCACUCUUGAUCGCCCAGGAGAUCAAUAACUCGACGAGCCACCAGCUGGUUAUCCUAUCACGGACUCAUCAAACAAGCCUCAUAGCGUCCGGCUAUAACUGUCAAGCUGUGGAUUACAAUAACCCCGCUUCGCUACAACACGCGUUAAUGGGCGUCGACACAGUCAUCUCAACUGUCAUGGGCAAUCCACAGCUCCGCCUCAUAGAAGCGGCUGUACAGUGCAGGGUACGCCGCUUUGCACCUGCAGAAUUUGAAGGCCAGCCAGGUUUGCGAGGCCAGAAUGCGUUGCUCGAUCGGGGACGCAACUCAGCUUUGGCUUUGUUGCAUCAUUAUCGCAGCCAUAUGCAGUAUACGGUUUUCGUUUGUGGCAUACUAUACGAGCGCUUCUCUGUGAAUGGGAUGAUAUCUCAUCGCCUCGGGGUCAACAGCGGGUAUGGUAACGAGGGGGAGUUCAUUGCCGACCCCCGGCAGAUGACUUCCAUGGCGCCAAUUUACGACGCAGCCAACAAUCUCUCAUCGAUAUGCUUAACCUCUGCGUACGAUGUGGCACAAUUCGUGGUUCGUGCCCUCGAUAUGCCUACAUGGCCUUCUGAGAUGAGCAUGUGUGGUGAGCGCAUGACUGUUCAUGCUUUGGUCGAAACCAUCAGGGCGUGUAGAAACAGACCCUGGGUUAGCAUCGAUUACCAAGCCCCCGCGAACCUUGAGUACCAGAUGACAAUGGCUCAAUUGGGAGGAGACACCGCUGGACAAAGGCGGCUCGCACCACUCCUUGCGACAGCAGAGGGGCGCUACGAUUUCGUGGUGCCCGCCUAUCUCAACGCUGUUUACCCAGACAUUCAAGUAACUCGCUUCCAGGACUGGUUUCUGCGUAACUGGGCCUCGAUCCCAUAA